AUGGGGCUGAGAGAUAUAGAAAGAGCAGAAGUAGCAACAGGAAAAGUCAUCAACAGUGGCAAGACUGUGUAUUCACAAUCUUGGACAGUGAGGAUGCUUGUAUUGGAGAAUGGCACUGUGAGUAAAGCAGUUCAACCAGGGGAAACCUACACGUAUCAAUGGAGUGUCAUGGACACCGAUCAGCCCACCGCACAGGAUGCCCAGUGUCUAACGAGAUUAUAUCACAGUGCUGUAGAUGUAACCAGGGAUAUAGCCUCUGGACUGAUUGGCCCACUUCUGAUUUGUAAAAGUGAAACACUGGACAAGAGGGGUGUGCAGGGCAACUUAGGCACAAACAAGCUCAUCAUGAGCCGGGCAAAUGUAAACCAAGAAGGGAAAGUGACGGUGGUCUCAGCAGCCCUGCAUGAGCUUCUGGGCCACCAACUGCAGUCCACUGAGGCAGCACCUGGAACAAUAAAUGGCUACAUGUCUGACAGCACUGAAAUCCUGGAAUUUUCCCAUGACAGAAUUGUGCAGUGGCACGUCUCCAGUAUUGGCACCCAGGAUGAGGUAGUGUCCAUACGCCUUUCUGGUCACACUUUUUUGACUCGAGGGAAGUAUGAAGAUGUACUGAAUCUUUUUCCCAUGAGUGGAGAAUCAGUCACUGUAGAAAUGGACAACGUUGGUACGUGGCUUUUUGCAUCCUGGGGAUCCCCUGAGAUGAGCCAUGGCAUGAGGCUGAGGUUUAGAGAUGCCAAGCAUGAAAAAGAUGUAGAUUAUUCUGAUGAUGAUGACCUAUAUGAAAUCAUAGAUUUCUCCUCUGAGAACACUCUUCAAAAUGUGCCUGUCACCUCACCCCAAACUGGAGGAGAAACAGAAAAAAAACAGCAGUCUUCUGAUGAUUUUGAUUAUCAAGAUAAUCUGGCCUCAAGUUUGGGACUUCGGACAUUUGGGAACAAAUCAAUGGUCCAGGAUGAAAUGCAGAAUCUUACUGCUCUGGCCAUAGAUGAGUACUUUGGCACCAUCACUAAGAGUGCUGAUGUGGCUGCUGGCUCAGAUCCGCCAUUCAUGGAGAACAGUGAUACCUUGGACACUGAUGAGCUCUUGGAAACGCAAAGCACUGCUCCUCUCCCAAUCGAGGCUGGGUGCCUCCAUAAAAACUUCACAGUGGCAGCAGAAGAACAUUCACUUCCAGUCACCACAACAGCAGUAAGUCCUGGCUUGGCAUCUGAAGCUGGAAACCAAAGUGACUAUGAAGCAAAUCAGAGUCAGGUGUCAGGAAACUAUGAGAAAACACUUGCAGAUGUACUGCUGAGGACCAGGGAAGAAGCCCAAACAAAAGAUGCAGCAGAACUGUUACCUGACAGAGGGGACAGCAUGAAGUCCUCCUUUGCAACGCUCUAUUCAGAGGAGCCGCAAGAGGAAAAUUCAGGAGGAGAAUACAAUUUCUCCAGUUCAGAUAUGUUAGGGACUGGCCAACUUCCAAAUGAAUAUGUUGAGGACCAGAACGUGAAGGAGAAAGAGGAGGAGGAGGAAACCAAGAAAGAAAAUGAUCAAUUUCCCAAACAUGCAGAAAACUUAACUUUUGCUGUGAGAUACGGGGCAGAAAACAGUGAGUUAAACAUGUUCAAUCUCUCUGAUUUAGAACUACUCAAAGAUAAACAAGAAAUAAAUUUUACUCUAGAUUAUGCAUCGGAUAUGUUAAUUUCUACUCGCAGUUCAGUGGCGGCAAAGGACAUGUUGGGAAAGCUGUUGCCAAGGAAUAUGAAUUCUUCAUCUAAAAUUAUGAAUGAGAACAGGAAUUUGGCCUCUGGGAAGGAGAGUUAUGGGAUGGAGACAAAUUCAGCUCAGGCUACUGAUGAGUUACAGAAUCGUUCCAGAAAUGCUACAAUGCCUACAAGAGAGAGUGUAUCCCUGAAGAAGAAGCAGCAAGGGAAAUUCAAAGGCUACUCUCAGUUUACAGAGGGUCAUUGGAAAGUAAGCAGCAAGCAUCCAACUCUGAAAGGGGAGAAGAGAAAUGUGAAUGGCACCUUGAGUACAUCUGUGAUUCUCAUCAAGACCCGAAGGGGGAAAAAGGAUAAUCAAAAGUAUAGUAGUCUCUCAUUGACACCCAGAGGUGUGAGACCCCCAAAGAUAACUGGAGAGCUCAACUGCACAUUAUUGUCCAGUGAGGCCAGCCACACAGUGUCCCUUUGUAAGGCUAAAAAUAUAGCAUUGCCCAGCGAGGCCAACCUCCCAGUUUUGCCAAGCAGGGCUAACUACACGCUGAUGCCAAGACAAUUUAAGCCAGUCAUCACAAGGCUUCCCAGUGGGAAUGGGGAUUACAAGGAGUAUGUUCCAGGAGGCUCUGACAGUGAGGAAAUUGCAGAUGACCAAUAUACAAGAGACCCCAGAUUCACCAUUAAUAAUGUCCGUAACCCUGAUGACAUUGCUGGGCAUUAUCUAUACAACAGAGAGAACAUGAAGAGAUACUACAUUGCAGCCGAAGAGGUCUUCUGGGACUAUGCAGGAUUAAAGAAAAGCACAAUGAGGAAUGACAGAACCAGCCAUGAUGGGGGCAACACCAUAUACAGAAAAGUGAUUUUCCGAAGCUAUGUGGAUAGUACCUUUACAACUCGGGAGCCUGAAGGGGAGUAUGAAGAACACCUGGGUAUCCUGGGUCCUAUUAUCAGGGCUGAGGUAGAUGAUGUCAUCCAAGUUCAUUUUAAAAAUCUGGCAUCCAGACCAUACUCCCUCCAUUCCCAUGGGCUUUUCUAUGAGAAAUCCUCUGAGGGAACCAGUUAUGAAGAUGAGUCUCCAGACUGGUUCAAAAAGGAUGAUGCAGUUCAGCCAAAUGACACCUAUACCUACAUAUGGUUUGCAACCAAGCGGUCUGGACCUAUACAACCUGGAGCAGCCUGUAGGUCCUGGGCCUAUUACUCUGGUGUAAACCCGGAGAAAGAUAUUCACUCAGGCUUGAUUGGUCCAAUCUUGAUCUGUCAAAAGGGAACCCUCAGUACAAGUAACAACAGGCCAGUAGAUACCCGAGAGUUUGUCCUGCUUUUUAUGGUCUUUGAUGAAGAGAAAAGCUGGUACUUCAAUAAACAUUCCAAAAGGACUUACAGUGAGAAGACCUCAGAAGUACAAAAAUACCAUAAAUUCCAUGCCAUUAAUGGGAUCAUAUAUCACUUGCAAGGACUGAAGAUGUAUAAAGAUGAACUGGUCCGAUGGCACUUGUUGAAUAUGGGCGGGUCAAAAGAUAUUCACGUGGUUCACUUUCAUGGUCAGACCUUCACAGAAGUCCCUGGGCAUCAGCUUGGUGUCUACCCUCUCCUUCCAGGCUCAUUUCGAACUAUUGAAAUGACACCACCAAAAGCUGGCAUGUGGCUUUUAGACACCGAAGUGGGGGAAUAUCAGCAAGCUGGAAUGCAGGCCUCCUUUAUCGUUGUAGAAAAAGAGUGCAAGUUACCAAUGGGCCUAAUGAAUGGACUUAUACUUGAUUCACAGAUCAGUGCUUCUCGUCACAUAAACUAUUGGGAGCCUAAAUUAGCUAGAUUAAACAACGCUGGAAAAUAUAAUGCUUGGAGCACUGACGUGGAACGAGGUGAAUUUCCAUGGAUCCAGCUGUUUGAAGGUAAUUCAGAUGCCCAUGGGAUAAAAGACAACCAUAUUGAUCCACCUAUCAUUGCUAGGUAUAUUAGGGUUUAUCCAACUGAUUCCUACAACAGGCCUACUCUUCGCAUGGAACUCCUGGGCUGCGAAGUCAAAGGUUGCUCUUUGCCACUGGGAAUGGAAAAUGGGGAGAUCAAGAAUGCUCAGAUUACAGCUUCUUCCUAUAAGAAAUCCUGGUAUAACUCAUGGGAGCCUUCCCUCGCGCGUCUCAAUCAGGAAGGAAGGGUGAAUGCCUGGCAAGCAAAGUCAAACAACAACCAGCAGUGGCUGCAGAUUGAUCUCCUCAAAGCAAAGAAGAUAACUGCUGUCACAACCCAGGGUUGUAAGUCCAUGUCUACGGAGCAGUUUGUGAAAACCUAUGUCACCCUUUACAGUGAUGAAGGCACAGAAUGGAAACCUUAUAUGGCUGACUCCACUUCAGUGGGAAAGGUAUUUGUGGGGAAUGAGAACAGCAGCGGACAGGUCAAGCAUUUCUUAAAUCCACCCAUAUUUUCCAGGUUCAUCCGCAUUGUUCCUAAAACCUGGAAUCGAAGCAUUUGUCUUCGGGUAGAGCUCUUUGGCUGUGAUCCUUCCUAGGUGCUGGACACACAGAGUAUACAUGAACAAAGGAUUCCCAAGUCUGGGAGCCUUACACCUUUCAGCAGUCACUAGGCAGAACUACAUUUUUUUUAAACUCUUGGAGUAGUCAUAUUUAGUCCUUCUGAAGUGCCUUUCCUCCAAGGAUCUUAGUGUUUUGCCAAUGUGAAUUAAAAGAGAGAUUUCAUUUGCAUAUAUUUCAUUCAUAUAAAUGUACAUUAAGGAUACAACUGCACAGCAGCUGGGAUGGUGCGUCCCAGAGCGGGUGGGUAGAUACAUGCUUGCUCCACUUGAGCUUGUGUGCUCGUGCAGCAGCGUGGGCGGCAGCUCAGGCUGGCCAACCGUGUAUGGAUGCAGAGGUCAGGUGGGAUUGUUCUCAGGUGGCUAGCCCGAGCUGCCAUAGCCAUGCUGCUAUUUGUAGCAUGCAGGCUGGAGCAGAGCUAGCACAUGUCUGUUCACCUGCACUGUCCCAGCUGCAGUGCAGACCCACCCUUAAAAAGAGAAAGUAACAAACAUCAAAUCCACAAAGCAUGCAACUUUGACAUGCCCCUUUCCAUGGGAAUCUGUGCACCCAAACACAUUUCCUCCAUUUCUCUACCGCUGUCUUCUUCUCCCACUCACCCACAACAGUCUGUUCUCCUUUUGUCCUGGUCCUGACCUAAUUUUAGAUUAAAUCUCCUGAGGGCAGGGACCUUGGGCUUAAUCCUGAGCCCAGUUUUUCUCUCUUUGUAGCCCUCUCACUGCUGAAAGCUAUCAGAUGUCCCUCCCUAGGCAUUCCCCUUGAAAGGGGAGUCCCCAGUACACACAAAACCACUGUCUACACCACCAUCCAGUAGCCGCUGGUGUUGGGGCUGGAAAAUGGGUGUGAUGCUGCACUUCAGCAAUCCCUGGCUGGCAAGUGGUCCCUUGGAGGGUCAUAGCCAGCCAGUGUAGAGAAGAGAAGCCUCCACUCUGCUCUGAUCUCUUCUGGGGCUGACAUAGAAGUAGCCUCUCGAGAUCAAGGAUCUGCAACCCCUUCUCUGAGAAUCUAGGGCCAUCAUCUUUAUACUUGCUUUUUAAACGUCACGCAUGCCUCUGACUCUAUAUAUCACAAAUAACCAUUAAUUUUCUCAGCACCCCUGGAUGGGGAAUCAACAGGUUUUUUUAAUAGGUGGUAGGAAAGAGGCAUAGCGAGACACAGUGAUUUGCCCAAGAUCAUGGCAGGUCAGUGAUAGAACCAGAAAUAGGAUUCGUGGCUUCCAGUCCUAUGCUCUAACCGCUAGAAGGUAGGCAGUUCUGUUUUGUUAUCCCUACUGGAAGAAACAAGCCUUCUUGGCUGUUGAUGAGAAACAGAACAUAAUGGUAAUAAAAUAAGAUUAGAUAACACUAUGGUAAAGAUACCUACAUCUUAUCUAGGCUACAGUAUUUGCCAACAUUAUCUUUGGUGGAGCUGCUGUGGUGCAGAAAACAUUUAUGGAUUUUCUCAGGAUGGAUGCACUCAGUGAGAAUAUAUUUGCUGUCCUUGAAUAUAUUUUUCAGCAGAGUUUUAGCUAAGCUUUUAGUACUGUCCUAGGCUCCAGUCUUGUCAGCAGAGGACUCCCUCUGCUCACAUGGGUCCUCAUGGCCUGGGGCGGAAUAUCAUCAAGAACCAAGGGCCAUGUUUUGGUCUGUAACCUUGUAAAGUAUUGUCUCAAGCUGUUCCAAGAGAAUUAGAGUUCUUAUAUCAAAAAAUGUAUGCAUUUCCAAGUAAAGAUAUAUAAAAAAAGUGAAAUAAAAUUGAGGUUU